AUAUAUAUCUCAUAUGCACGAUCUAACCUUGGCAUGAGAGUGGGCAAGAUCCGUGUUCCUUCAUAUUCUCCUUUGUCGUCAAUCUUUACAAGCAAAUCAUUCCACCUUUCCUUCUCCAGCAAUAGCCCUUCGACUCCCAUCGAUCUUCCUUUCCAUCUGCCUCUGUCCUUCUCCGAUCUAUUUGCUAUAAACAACCAAAACACCUUUGCCGCUGCUCUGAGCUUUUCUUGGCGGAACAACUCUCCCGUCUUGGGUUCCCGGAUCCAUGGCCAAAUCAUCAAAUCCGGAUUCUCUGCAGACACCUUCUCACAGAAUAAUUUGCUCACCAUGUACUCGAAAUGCCGAGAAGUUGACCAUGCAUCAAAGGUGUUCGACGAAAUGGCUGACAGGAAUCUUGUUUCUUGGACUUCGAUGAUAUCAGGGUUCGUUCACAACAAUGAGCAUGAAAAGGGUUUCAAUUUAUACAUUGAGAUGAUGAGAGCAGGGUUCGUCCCCAAUGAAUUCAGUCUGGCAAGUGUCAUGAGUGCAUGUGGAGUGACUGGGAGAAGUAAGUUUGGCAAUGCUCUUCAUUCUGUCGCUUUGAAGAUAGGCAUGGAUACAAACCGGUUUGUCGGCAGCACACUUUUGUGGAUGUAUGCAAAGUGUGGAAAUAUUGAAGCUGCAGAACUUGCCUUUGAAAUUAUAUGUGAUCCAGACUUGGCUUGUUGGAACGCAAUCAUCGAGGGCUAUGCACUCAAUGGGGACAUCUUCAAUGCAAUGAAAAGUUUCAGUUUUGCCUCUCAGAUAGGACUAAACCCUGAUCAGUGCACUUAUAUCAGUACGUUGAAAGGGUGUCAAGUAAUAGGGGACUUAAGGUGUGGACAAACUGUUCAUUGUGUGGUUAUUCGUAACGAGUUUCAAUCCAAUACUACUGUGAUGAAUUCUCUUGCUGAUAUGUACUUUAGAACUGGCAGGAAGAACUCCGCUCUGAAAGUCUUCCAUCAGAUAUGUAUCAAGGACAAUUCAUCAUGGAAUACAGCAAUUUGUGGCCUUGCCAAAGAGGAGGAGGCAAGUGAAGUAGUGAAUUUGUUUUCUACCAUGCUAUCAGCCGGUGUUAGACCAGAUCAAAUUACUUUAUCCACCAUAAUCAGGCUCUGUGGUACAAUAGAGGAUCUUCAACUGGGUUCUCAGUUCUUCUGCUUUGCCUGUCGUCUUGGUUAUUUAAAUUGUGAUUUGGUUGUUAACUCACUGAUAAAAAUGCUCUCGAGAUGUGAUAUGAUGGAUAGUGCUGCUCUUGUUUUUGCUGGCCACCCUCAUACGAAUCUUAUCAUUUGCAAUGAAAUGAUUGUAGGCUACACUUUAAAUGGAUUUUGUACAAAAGCCUUUCAAGUUUUCUGCAGUUUGAUUGAACAUGGAAUUGAAGGAGAUGAGUUCACAUACUCUAGCAUCUUAGGUGCUUGUUUAAGAAUGGAACAUCAAAGCAAAGUUCAGCAGAUCCAUGCUAGAAUUAUAAAGUUAGGUCUUGGUUCAUGUUGCUCCAUAUGUAGUUCAAUGGUUACUGCAUAUGCUAGCUUUGGAGCAAUUACGUCUUGUUAUGCUAUAUUCAAAGAUGCUGCAAAGUUAGAUUUGGUUUCUUGGGGAGCCAUGAUUUCGGCUUUUGUAAAACUUGGCUUCAAUAAAGAGGGCCUUUUACUUCUAAAUUGCUUGAGAGAUACAUAUGAAAGGCCUGAUGAAAUUAUAUUAUCAAGUGCUCUCAGAGCAUGUGCUAAUCUUGCAUUGCUUGACCAAUCCAUGUGCAUCCACUCAUACAUUGUCAAGAUAGGAUUUGAGAAUUGUUUAUCUGUAGCAACUGCAAUGAUAAAUUCCUACGCUAAGUCUGGUGAGAUUUCAAGCUCGAAGGAUGUCUUUAAAAAUAUGUCAAGGGAUUACAAGGAUGUCAUUCUCUUUAAUACCAUGAUCAUGGCCUAUGCACAUCAUGGCCUGAUAACAGAAGCCAUCGAGCUUUUUCAACAGAUGAAGUCUUUUAAUAUACACCCUACCCAUGCCACUUUCGUGGCAGUUAUUGCAACUUGUAGCCAUCAGGGUCUAGUGAAGCAAGGUGAGCAUCUGUUUGAUUCGAUAAGCAGUGUUUAUGGAAUGUACCCUUCCACAGAUAAUUUUGCCUGCUUGGUCGAUCUUUUUGCCAGAAAUGGGCUUCUUGAGAAGGCUAAAAAUGUGAUUGAAAGCAUGCCUUAUGAACCAUGGCCUGCUCUGUGGAUAUCACUAUUAAGUGGAUGCCGCAUUUAUGGGAAUAAAGAUAUGGCUGAAUUGGCUGCUGAAAAGGUCCUCCAGCUAACCCCAAAUAAUGACAGUGCCUAUGCACUGAUGGCAAAUGUAUAUGCAGGAGAUGCAAAAUGGAAGGAUGCUGAACGAAUGAGAUUUAAUAUGGAAAUAAACAGAGUUGACAAAACCUGUGGAUAUAGCAUUAUUGCCACCUGAAAUACAAAAA